ACGUGGAGUUGACGCUUCAUUGUAGUUGAAUUGCACCGCAGCUUCAUUCGGCGGCGGUUGUGGUGAAACUCCUGCCCGUGGACGGCGGUGUGCUUCCGCUGCUCGCUGGCGUCACACACGAUAAAUAUCAACAACAUGGCCCCUGUUGGCAGGGUUCCUGUUGUGCCUGCGCUCUUACUGUUGUGUCUGAGCCGAACCGUGCUCUCGACCGAGUUCUUCUCCACCCUGACCCUCUUCAACAGCGAGCUCCACAAGCAGGGCUGCAGCUCACUGUCCGAGUGGGAAGAGUACGCGGCGGACUGCGAGUCCUCGAUACUACAGUUAGAGGAUCCAGACUGUGAGGAGGGAAGUAACCCGCCCUGUGAGUCAGUCUUCUCUCUGAAUGCAGAGAAAAUACUGAAUCAGGCCAAGUUGUUUAUAGAGCAGAAGAAAAUCCCCUUCCCCGUGGGCAGCCACAACAUAAAUGAAGAACUCGCUAUAGGUUACGUUCUGAUAGGAAACGGACUCUACGACGAGGCCGUCAAACACUUCUCUCUGCUGCUGCAGAGUGACCCAGAACUGGUCAGUGCCAUUUAUGGAAGAGGGAUAGCUUACGGGAAGAAGAGUUUACAGGACAUAAAGAAUGCUGACUUGGCCUUGUACGAACUCAACAGAGUCAUCACUCUGGAGCCAAACUGGCCGGAGGUUUAUGAACAGAGAGCGGAGAUCUUGUCUCCUCUGGGUCGUAUCAGCGAGGCUCUGGGCGAUCUGACCAAAGCCAUCCAGCUGCAGCCCUCGGCUCGCCUCUACAGACACAGGGGGACGCUGCUCUUCAUCUCAGAGGACUAUGUGGCAGCCAUGGAGGACUUCCAGCAGUCCCUGGAGCUGAAGAAGAACCAGCCCAUAGCUAUGCUUUACAAAGGCCUCACCUUCUUCCACAGAGGGAUGCUAAAGGAAGCCAUCGAGACGUUCAAAGAAGCUCUGAAGUUAAAGGCAGACUUCAUCGAUGCCUACAAGAGUCUGGGUCAGGCCUACAGAGAGCUGGGAGACUUUGAGUCGGCCAUGGAGAGCUUCCAGAAGGCUCUCAUGUUGAACCAGAACCACAUCCAGUCUCUGCAGCUGCGGGGGAUGAUGCUCUACCACCACGGCUCUCUGCCCGAGGCCAUCGGAAACUUCAAGAGGUGUCUACAGCUGGAGCCCUACAACGAGGUGUGUCAGUACAUGAAGGGCUUGAGCCACGUGGCCAUGGGGCAGUUCUACGAGGGCAUCAAGGCUCAGACCAAGGUCAUGCUGAACGACCCCCUGCUGGGGCAGAAGGCCAGCUCUGAAUACCUCAAAGUCAAAUACCUCAGAGAAUAUUCUCGAUACCUGCACUCCCACCUGGACAUCCCAGUAGCAGAAUACAACGUGGACCACGAUUUGCCAGGGAACUUUAAGAACCACUGGGCCAAGAACCUGCCUUUCCUGAUAGAAGACUACGAGGAGCAGCCGGGUCUGCAGCCACACAUCAAGGACGUGCUGCCACAGAACUUUGACAGCUACACCAGUGAGGUUCAGAAACUGAUAUGUACAGCCGACCAUCUGGGGGCGCUAAUGCAAUACGACACUCCUGGAUUCUUGCCAAACAGAAGAAUCCACAGAGCCAUGGGUUUAGCCACCCUGGAGGUCAUGCAGGCCAUGCACCGGACGUGGAGCAACUCCAAAGUACGGGUCAACGGCAAAACCAGGCAAAUGCAGUGGAGAGACAUGUUUGACAUAGCAGUGAAGUGGAGGAGGAUCGCGGAUCCAGACCAGCCCGUCCUCUGGUUGGACCAGAUGCCAGCCAGGAGUCUGAGUCGAGGCUUCAACAACCAUAUCAACCUCAUCAGAGGGCAGAUUAUAAACAUCAGGUACCUGGCGUACUUCAACAACAUCCUGGACUUUAUCAAAGACAGAAUACUGGUGUAUCAUGGAGCCUACAACCCCAGAGGUUUGUUAGAAGUCCGGCAGGCGCUGGAGAAUGUCAACAAAGUGGAAGAUCUUCUGCCCAUCAUGAAGCAGUUCAACAGUAAAACCAGAGAUGGCUUCACGGUCAACUCCAAAGUGCCCAGCCUGAAGGAUCCUGGGAAAGAAUACGACGGCUUCACCAUCACCAUCACUGGAGACAGAGUGGGAAACAUGUUGUUCUCCGUGGAGACCCAGACCACAGAGGAGCGGACGCAGCAGUACCAGACGGAGAUCGAGUCCAUCUACAAAGACCUCACUGCUAAAGGGAAGGCGCUGAUGCUGUCUGCUGAGCUGGGGGAUGCAGAUGCCCUGUGCAACGUCAUCCUCUCCCUGAUUUAUUACUUCUGUAAUCUCAUGCCUCUCUCCAGAGGAUCCAGUGUGGUGGCCUACUCAGUGGUGAUGGGAGCGCUGAUGGCCAGUGGGAAGGAGGUCGUAGGUCGGAUCCCUAAAGGAAAGCUGGUGGAUUUCGAAGCCAUGACCACGUCCAGUCCAGACGGCUUCAGUAAAACAGCGAAGGGCUGGAUGAACCUGAAGAGUCUACCGGGCUGGUACCAGAGUCUUCCAUCUGUAGCGGAGACCUUCCCGUCCACCAGAACCAUGAUCGAGGUUCUCAACACGGACUCGUCUUCACACUGUCCAAAGAAGUCUUAACAGAACCUCCAAAACCACAGGGAAGACAGUUGAACAGAGUCUUAAUAACCAGAGGUUCUGCUCUGGACAGAACCACGGCAGGGAAUUAGUCCUGCAACCCAGACACAACCG